CCAACUCAUACCUGCCUCGGCGCGGCCGACGCCAGUCUUCGCCCGUCCGACCUCCGAGCGACAUCCACAGUGUACUCAGUGUAGACAUGCAAGUGCUCAGCGUUACCCUGGCCUGGCUGUGCUGCGUGCAGGGCGUCAUCAGAACGCCCUUGGAGGCCUUCAGGCCCUCGGCAGAGAUACACCUGAGGAGGCCGGACAAACUACCAUUUUUGCCGCACAAACGACCCGUGCCUCCCUUUAAGAGUGGACUCAAGAUUUUAUACCAGACUGGGGUAUCAGAGGAUGACCUGCCAGCGUGCAGGCCGCGGCAGGUGUGCAGCAAGGUCGACCUGUACGACACCACGCAGCCCUGGCUGGAGAAGAAAUGCCGGUGUCUGGGUCACAGGCCGUGCUCAAGCGAACUCACCGCCGAUGACAACCACACGCUCGCCGACAAGACCACCCUCUACAAGACCUGUGAACCCGUCAAGCGGCUGCCCAAGUGCCGGUACUUCAAGGACCCGGCGUGGACCAUCUACACGUUACCUGACAGCAACGCCACGCAGCAGAUCAUCAGCUGCCACUGCCCGAAGAUGUCGGUCACGUAUCUGCUGAAGAAGCUACCGUAUACGACGCCAGGCGGGGAGCAGGGCAACCAGUAUCAGUUUGCGUGCUCGCCUAUCAGCAGACUACGCUGCUCCCGAAAAGAGCCGUGCAAGCUGUUCAGCGUGCGCCGGCGUCACGAGCAGAUCGACGAAGUGAACGCGAACACGAUCUGCCAGUGCCCGCGCGACCACGCCUGCCCGCGGCAUCACACAGAGCCAGGCGUGCUCGCCGGCGUGACGUACGCGGCCGAAGACAUCCGCACCUACCACGGGUACUGCAUGCCCGAACCGCCUGAGACGUAUCGGUUUGUGGGCGAGAAAGACUGAAAAUAAUUACGCUUUAUCACGGGCUUAAUUGAGUCGCGGAAUUUCUAUCUUGUUGUCGAUUUUUUUGUCUGUACGGUGUAAUUAUAUAACAAUCUAUCCUACAUGGUUAUUACCAAAAAUAUAAUCGAUUUUCGAACUCGAGCAUACCGGCAAGCUGUGCACCAAUUCAUAAUCAAACUUAGAAGGCGAAAAUCCGACAACAAGACAUGAAUUCGCCGUUAUAUAUUUUAUCGUUGUGGAUAAGACAAGCUUGUUAAUUUAUUCACAGCUGUAAACAACAGUCACGCGACAAGUGUUGUACGAACGCCUUUCUUUUGAUUACAAUGACGCUAAGUAUCCUUACCACGACUGCCUUAGCAGUAUCAAACUGACAUAUUCGCUAACUUCUGCGUAGGUAACUUACUUUCUAUACAUUU